AUUGAAUAUAUCGAUUAUAAUAUUGAAUAAAAAUGAAAAAUGAGACUGAAGAAAAUGAAAAACCUGAGUAUCCAAAUAAUAUCGAGAGAACUUUCUAUGAAAUUACAAUUGAUGAUAUUAAAAAACGUAUCCAGAGGUUGGAGACGCGAAAUGAGCAACUUUCCGAGAUCCACGACGAGACUGAACGGGACAUAACUUCCAAGGACAUUGACACGACAAACGAAAUCGCCCAACUCAAUAGAGAUUUAUCAGCUAAAUUAUCUAAAAUAGUCGAUGCGCAGAAAACUAUCGACACUUUGACUAAUCAGCGGGUUGAUGAACAAAAUCGGCAUGACAGUAAAAUUAAUUUUAUCAAACAGAUGCACGAGACUGCGCGCAUAGAACUUUUGUCGCAGAUUAAAAUCACAAAUGCAAAAAUAAAUUCUCUGGAAGACUUUCAUAAUAACGAAGAAGCGAUUCGAGAAAAGAUAAACGAAAAUGAUAAUUUUUUAGUAGAGAAAGAAAAGAAGCUGGCGGAUAAAUUUAAUCAAAUUGAUGUCAAAUCUAAAAUAUUUCACGCAAAACUGAUGGAUGAUUUAAAGACACAAAUUUUCCAAUUGUCUGAGUCAUUGGCCUGCGAUAAUUUAAAGAGAAUUCCGUAUUCUAUAAAUAAAUUAUUUAAAGAAAAUGCUGCGAUACGCGACGAACUGGAUCUGAUUAAUUUAUACAUGACUAAUAAAAAAGAUAACAGUUUAAUUAUCAAAAGUUCAGAAUCUAUAAAACGGAGUCAGUGGAAUACGAAUAAUAAUUUGACGGCUUUGAAGUCACAAAAAAAUUUAAUUGAAGUAAUGGCUAAGAAUUACAAUAAUGUAACUCCGAUUUCUGAUAAAAUAUUAGAUGACUACGAUACUCGGAUAGAAAGAUUACAGUCCGCAAUCUCUUGUUCCAACAAACAAAUAGCAGAAUUAAAAUAUUUACUGCAGCGCAAAACUUGUCAGCUGACAGAAACAAAAAAAUUUCAUGAUAAAAUUCGUCGUAAUAUUGAUAAAUAUUCUGAUGCUCUGUAUGAUGUAAAAUAUGCCAUUGCAUGCGCACUUGAGAUUGAAGAUACCGGGCCUGAAAUUUUGUCUCUAACGAUGACACAAUUUAUCACUCACUUGUCAAAGUUGGCUAAUAAAUUAAAUAUUUAAAGAAGUCGUAAAUCAAACAAAUUAAAAUUUAAUUUCCAUUUAAUCGCCAG